CUGCCUCAGCGCACACCCAUCCAUCGUCAUCCGAUCCCACCUAUUGACCUUCACUACGCCGCAUGCUGGGUUGCACAACGCGAGAUGAAUGCCGGUCGCCCCAAGCGCAGUCGCGCCAGAGUCAGCUAUGUUGAACCAACUGAACUCGACGACGACAUUGCAGNNUUCAACCCGACAUCGCCGCUGAAGAUGAAACCGCCGCCGCCGCCGCCGUGCCUGCCUCAGACGACGCCUCCACCGAAAGUGAAGGCCACAGUGACGAUGAUGGCGCCCCUGAAUCCGACUCCGACUCUGGCUCCGACCAAGAGUUCACCACCGACAAGAAAGCUCAGAGCUCAGCAGAAGAAGCUGGUACUCAAGAAGAAUUCGAAGAAGCAACCCAAGAAGAUCAAGGACGUGCCCUUCCCUUUUAUGGAGCUGCCACCAGAAAUUCGCGUCAUGAUUUACAAGACAUGCCUUGUCGAAACCACCAGAGACCUCAGCUUUGUUCCCAAGUCCAAUGGCUAUGAAUUCUUCCGCGGCGUCAUGGAGAAGAUCGAGUACAAUGGUCACUAUAGUUACAAGGUCAAGCGCGCCAAGAAAGAAUAUGUUCACACAGUCCUCCAGCCAGUCGUCCUACGCAUCAACAAGGCUAUCAGAGAUGAGGCUCUCCCAUACCUCUACUCGCAACCCUUCCACUUCGCCACUGCCCAAACUUUCCAGCUCUUCUUUGCCCACCUCAAUGCCGCAAGCCGCAUGUCCCUCCGAGACAUCACCAUCAAUGGCUGGAGCGACUCCAGAACUCCCCGUCGCAAAGACGUUCAGGCCGUCUUUUCGCUCCUCAUCUCAGCUACCAAUGUUAGAUCGGUUCUCCUCAAUCGACACGUCUGGUCCGAUCAGGACGGCCCUGCUUCACGUCACUGGCGUCGUGACAGCGCCUUCAUUAGCGACCCUUACCGCUUCUGGAUUGACAUUGACUUCUGGGCUUUUGCCAUGGAUGCUGCUCACGGAAAAGGUGCCGCCAAGGCCGCACUGAAGUUCACCAAGCUGUGCUUCGGCUCUGUCAAGGAGAUUGAGAACGAGGACGAGGCUGUCGAGCAGCGCGAGAAAGCCUUCAUGGAAUACCUGCACUUCUCUGAGAAGGCUGAGAAUUAG